AUGUCCUCAUCCCCCGAGCCAUACGUGGCUCAAACCACUGUGACACUGAUCAUCGGCUCGUCAGAGCCAAACUCUAACUUCACGCCGCCCCAAAACGGCGAAGUGUACAUUAAGUUACGGAAGUGUACAUUAAGUUACGGAAGUGUACAUCAAGUUACAGAAGUGUACAUCAAGUUAAGGAAGUGUACAUCAAGUUACAGAAGUGUACAUCAAGUUACGGAAGUGUACAUCAAGUUACAGAAGUGUACAUCAAGUUACGGAAGUGUACAUCAAGUUACAGAAGUGUACAGCAAGUUAAGGAAGUGUACAUCAAGUUACGGAAGUGUACAUCAAGUUACAGAAGUGUACAUCAAGUUACGGAAGUGUACAUCAAGUUACGGAAGUGUACAUCAAGUUAAGGAAGUGUACAUCAAGUUACGGAAGUGUACAUCAAGUUACAGAAGUGUACAUCAAGUUACGGAAGUGUACAUCAAGUUACGGAAGUGUACAUCAAGUUACAGAAGUGUACAUCAAGUUACGGAAGUGUACAUCAAGUUACGGAAGUGUACAUCAAGUUACGGAAGUGUACAUCAAGUUACAGAAGUGUACAUCAAGUUACGGAGUGUACAUCAAGUUACGGAAGUGUACAUCAAGUUACAGAAGUGUACAUCAAGUUACGGAAGUGUACAUCAAGUUACGGAAGUGUACAUCAAGUUACAGAAGUGUACAUCAAGUUACGGAAGUGUACAUCAAGUUACGGAAGUGUACAUCAAGUUACGGAAGUGUACAUCAAGUUACAGAAGUGUACAUCAAGUUACGGAAGUGUACAUCAAGUUACAGAAGUGUACAUCAAGUUACGGAAGUGUACAUCAAGUUACGGAAAUGUACAAUACAUCAAGUUAG